AUUUCUUCAGCUUGUUCAGAUCCUCCACACAGGACGACUGAAGCUACCGGCUGAAACUGCAGCAGGUUAUCAUCCUCUCUAACAUCUGCACCAUCCACCAUGAAGACUCUGACUGUGUCUUUGAUUGUGUGCACCCUGAUAGCUCUGACCAGAGCUGCCGCUCUUCCAUAUGAAGAGAACGAACAUGGGACAAUGGAUCCUAUGAUAAUAGUUGAACCAUUUCCUUUUAUGAUGACGAUGACACCACCACCACCACCACCACCACUACCUGAGAUAACAAUAGCACUGCCUGAAACAACUCUUCCAUAUGAAGAGAACGAACAUGGGACAAUGGAUCCUAUGAUAAUAGUUGAUCCAUUUCCUUUUAUGACAACACCACCACCACCACCACCACCUGAGACAACAACAGCACUGCCUGAAACAAGGGAGCAUCGUGUGGUCAAGAGGUCCACAUCUUGUCCCUGUGGUUGGACUGAGUACUACGACCGUUGCUUCUUCUAUGUUUCCAAAGCCAUGAGUUGGGCUGAUGCUCAGAAAAACUGUGAGACCAUGAAUUCAAACCUUGCAUCUGUGCACAGCGAUGAGGAGUACCAGCUGAUUCAGAAGGUGGUAUUAGUUGCUAGUCAUGGGUCUGGACCCACAUGGAUUGGAGGCUCUGAUGCACAAAAGGAGAAGCUUUGGUUCUGGAUUGAUGGAACAACUUUCAAAUAUGAGAACUGGUGUGAGGGACAGCCUGAUGACUUUCAAGGUGCUCAGGACUGUGCUCUAAUGAAUUUUGCAGCCAAUAAGUGCUGGGAUGAUGGAAGCUGUGAAGCUGCUCUCCCGUCUGUCUGUGCCAAGAAAAUCAGUAACUGCCGUUCCAAGAGCGGGAUCUGGCCGGCAACCCUUGCAUCUGUGUCUGAUGCUCAACACGCCGACCAGAUUCAUGAAGUGAUGCAACGUGCUGGACAUGAGCAUGGACAAGUGUGGGUUGGAGGCCAUAAAACAACAGCCACUAUACUUUAUCUCAUGCAUUGUUUGUCCUCAGUUCCUCAUUCUGUCAGAGAUGAUGAGAUAAGUCAUGAUAUUUAUGAGCUGCUCUGUCUCUCGUUCCCCACCGUGAAGAUGCUGACCGUGUGGGUGCUCGUUUGUGCCAUGAUGGCUCUGACCAGAGCUGCGGCUCUUCCAGAGGAAAAAGCCAAAAAGGACGAUCAAGCAGUAGAGACUGACCUGGUCAAGAGAACCUAUUAUGGAUGUUCCAGUGGUUGGUCUCGGUUCAAUCGUCGCUGCUUCCACUUCGUUCCAAAACCUAUGACUUGGGCCCAGGCUGAGAGAAACUGUCGGUCCAUGGGUGGGAACUUGGCAUCGGUGCACAGCAUGCAAGAGUACCAUGAGAUUCAGAGGCUGAUAAUGACUGCCACCUAUGAGUACAAAGCAGCAUGGCUUGGAGGCUCUGACGCACAAGAGGAGAAUGUUUGGCUCUGGAGUGAUGGAAGACCUUUCCACUAUUCAAACUGGUGUCAUGGAGAGCCGAACAACUAUCGCAGACAGCAGAACUGUAUGCAGAUGAAUCAUGCAGCUCAGAAGUGCUGGGAUGAUCUGCAGUGUAAUGCUCAUCUCCCAUCCAUCUGUGCCAAGAGAGGCUACUCAGCGGUACAUAUAAGAGGUGAUCUUUCUCUUCCUCAGCGCCUCCACACAGGACGACUGAAGCUCCAGGUUGACACUCCGGGGGAAGAGGAGAGGCAUCAUCUCAUCAUCUCCACCAUGAAGACGCUGGCUGUGUCUGCACUUGUCUGUGCCCUGAUGGCUCUGACCAGAGCUGCUGCUUUUCCAGGACCAAAGGCUGCAAAUGAUCAAGCAGCAAAGACUAACCUGGUCAAGAGGUCGGCCUGUUCUGGGCGUUGGUCUGAGUUCAACGGUCGCUGUUUCCACUACGUUCCGAGACCCAUGACCUGGGCCAAAGCCGAGAAAAACUGUUUGUCCAUGGGUGGAAACCUUGCAUCCGUCCAUGACGUCACGGAGUACCAUGAGAUUCAGAGGCUGAUAAUGAGCGCCAGUUAUGAGUAUAAAGAAACAUGGAUCGGAGGCUCUGAUGCACAGGAGGAGAACCAGUGGUUCUGGAGUGAUGGUUCACCUUUCAACUACUUGAACUGGUGCGGUGGCGAGCCGAACAACGCUGGCGGCAACCAGCACUGUUUACAAGUUAAUCAUGGAGCUGAAAAGUGCUGGGAUGACUAUCAGUGCAGCACUCGAAAACCAUCUGUCUGUGUCAAGAAAGCCUGAUGAAUCCUGGGCUGACAUGGGGACAUGAAGACACAGCGUCUGUCUUUACAUCAUCAGUCUCAUUUACCGCCUGUCUGACUUGACAUCCUUAUUUCUGUUCUAUCGCCGCAAUUCAACUGAGGAAACAAAGCAACAAGUGACACAAACAUGAGCUGGAUUGUGUCUUUGAAUUUAUGCCUGUAAUAAGAGAAGUUUGAAAUUUGCUUUUAGCACAGACUCACAUACAUUCUGGGGUGAACUGAUCCUUCUUUGCGCAAGAAUAAAAGGCUCAAGCAUUGAAAUAA